AAUUUUACCCAUACAAACAACAAAACAGAGCAAUUUAUAUACUUCACUCUGUUUCCUGUUUUGUCCAAACUUCACCUUCCCUCUUAAUCUUCAAUUCCAUCCCCAAAUCUCUUUCUUCCAUGAACCCUUUGCUGAAUUAGAAUUCCCCUUCAAUCCCUUUGCUUCGUUUUGUUUUAAAUGGAUGCAUUCAACGUAAAAUUCGAGAAUCGAAAUGCAAAAUUGAAGCAUCGUCACUUGAACAAGGUGGCAAGCUUGCUGAGAUUCGUGGAGUUUUGUGUUGUUCUUGUAUUGAUCUCCAGGUUUACAGUUCAACUCCCCGUCGCUGUUAAAAGUUCCGGCGAGUAUUUCCGGGGCUUGCCGGUGGUUCUCGUGAGCCCUCGCUUCGUGUUCAUAGUCGGCAAUGUCAUAGUCAUCACUUUGUUAUCAAAGGCCGGCCAGUUUUCGCCUCGAGGACCAACUUCCGGCACCGAUCUAUACGAAGAAUUCGUCGAAAAGAGCGAGAAAAACCAGAUGAUUCAUCGGUACGAAAUCGAGUUCAUGGAGAAACAAAGAAAAAAGAACGUUGAAUGUGUUGAUCAAGAGAAAAGAUCGAGCCUCCAUGUGCAUACAACGGCAUCGAAGGGGACGAUCAAGAGCUAUAGAAGAACUCAGUCGGAGAAUCUUAAUCGAAAGAAGUGCAAGCAACUGCGGAAAUCGGGGUCGGAAAAGCACAUAAAACACGGCGGUUCCGGCGAGAAAACGGUGAAGAGCUUGUAUCCGGAAGACGGAUUAAGCAGCGAACAGUUUCGGAACACGGUGGAGGCAUUCAUUGCAAGGAAAAAAGCGCUUCUGAGGGAAGAAGAAGAAGAACACUCGGUGAUUUGCAAAGAUUUUGAGUGACAAGAGCAAAUCCUGGUGAACCCUUUGUUCUUCAAUGAUUGUUUUUUAGGCUUUUGAAUUUGCCUUUUUCUCCUUUCAUUACUGUAUACUGCUAUGUACAUGGUUACUUAAUCAUGAUCUUCAGUGACAUAAUCACUCUUCUUGUAUCAAUGAGAAGCAUUUGAAUGUUACAAAUUAAGACAUCAAACAGAAUCAGGUCGGGACGAUGGAUGUAAAA